GUGACCUCAUCGUUGAGGCGGAAUGAAUGGGAAUGACUUAGAAUUAUUGCGACUCUGGGAAGGACCGCUAUUGAUGCAGACGACGCCUUUGUGAUAUUUUGAGGAGGAAUCUUAAUGUUAAAAAUGAAGAUGAAAUUAAAGAAUGUUUUUGUUAUGUACUUCUUUGUCUCAAUCCUUGGGCUAAUGUAUGCACUUAUGCAGCUGGGACAGCCAUGUGAUUGCACCCAACAUAUGAAGCAGAAUAGUGACUUUGUUCGCAAUCAAGACAGAGCUAUCAGCAAAUUGCAGAAUGAGGUAAAGAAAUUGCAAGCGCAGGUCAAGCCAGAAGAACCUCCUAAACCUAUUUUACCUAUAAUAUAUGUCAUCACGCCCACCUUUACAAGGCUGGUGCAGAAGGCAGAACUUGUGCGUUUGUCUCAGACCCUAAUGCAUGUUCCCAGUCUUCACUGGAUUGUGGUAGAAGAUGCUGCAACUAAGACUAGUCUGGUGGCUGAGCUUCUAAAACAGAGUGGAUUACAGUAUACACAUCUCAACGUUGAAACACCAAAGGAUUUCAAGUUGAAAGAAGGGGAUCCCAACUGGUUAAAGCCUCGUGGCGUAGAGCAAAGGAAUUUGGCUCUGCAAUGGCUGAGAGAUAACCGAGAGCUAAGCGAUGAAGGUGUGGUAUAUUUUGCUGAUGAUGACAACACAUAUAGUCUCCAGCUCUUCCAAGAGAUGCGUUUUACAAAACGAGUCUCAGUUUGGCCAGUUGGGCUUGUAGGAGGAAUGCGUUUUGAGCGACCACUUGUUGAAAAUGGAAAGGUGACCGGAUUCUAUACUGCCUGGAAACCGAAUCGGCCAUUCCCUAUGGAUAUGGCAGGGUUUGCUAUAUCCUUACAGCUGCUGUUGGCUAAUCCAACUGCUCACUUCCACCUUGAAGCAGAAAGAGGUUAUCUUGAGAGCAGCUUGCUCGAGACAUUGGUUUCUAUUGAGGAGCUUGAGCCCAAGGCUGACCAGUGCAGAAAGGUUCUUGUAUGGCACACACGAACUGAGAAGCCUAAAAUGAAGCAAGAAGAAGCCCUCCAGAAACAAGGGUUGGGAUCAGAUAUCACUAUUGAGGUAUAGCUUAAGCCCUGAUCUGCACCACCCAAGUGAGAAAAGACGAGCAGGACUUGGAAGUCCCAGACUGGGCUUCCGGAAAUACUUGGCAUAUGUAGGACAAGGAAACUGGUAUGGAAAUAAAUGCAAGAGAAAUGCUGUUUUAAUUCUAAUAUUGUCAUCAUGAGAACAAGUCCCCAAGGUAAAAAAAAUACCCAUUAUGCAAUAAUUACUGGGUUCUCAAAAAUUUUUGUUCUUUUUUUAUAUAGAGACUUUAUUUUACAUGGUGUAACACAAACCACAAAACAAAAAAAAAACAACUCCACAUGUUGCAUUAUAAUUUGCUUACAAUACAAUAUUUUAAAAAUAUUUCCUAAAGCUGUUGUUGGUAUGUAUAAUUACCAUAGACAUAGUUUGUGACAUAACAUGUACGUCUGCAAAUCGAAAGUAAGUGUAGAUGCCAAGGAUAAAAGAAUCAUGAAAGUUAGAUUAAGAUUUUAUAUUACCCAGGUUAGUUUAGGUUAAUUGAAAUUCACUAAAACUGGCCAAUGAAAAACAGCAAGUGACUGUCAUCUGGUUUUGGAAUCUAUCCAUAUCACGUCAAAACUGUUAGGUUUAUUAGAAUAUAUUAUAAUAUGAGCAACUGAAUGUAAAGUAAGUGAUGCAGUGUUUCCUAUCAAAUUCAAAUUUGGUUUCUGCACCAUGCAGCAUCCAUCUGGAGAGCCAUGAAGUCAAAUAACCCAUUGUUGGUAGUCCAAAAUACCGAAGUGUCUAGAGUGUUGACAAGAGACCCACAUGCUUGUUUAAAGAAAACAUUAAUACAUUUUUGUCAAAUAUUACAAUUUUUUCUAAUUUUAAAAAGAAUAGGAUAUAGCGAAUCUGUUGGAAUUUUUCCAAAUUCAAUAAUAUGGCAUGAAGAGUGCGCAGUGUAGGGUGAGGUAUCAGAACAGAUAGCAGUUUUUGAAAAUCGUUGCUCCACAGAGUUGCAGAAAUAUUGAAUGUUGGAGGAAAUCCUUUAUGCUCUUCAUUAAUUAUGCAAAUUGUUUUAUUUGAUGCUCUUCUCUUCCAGUGAUCAUCCUCUUUGUUUUCAGCAUGGUGCUAGAAUUUGAGUUAAAGAAUGACACUAGACUUCACUGGCUUAUCACUUAAGACUCAGAAAUAAAUCAAAUGCUUCUUAUUAGAUAUACAAGGAGAAUAUCUGUGCUGGGGUGCUUUUUGAAUUCACACUUUGUACUUCAGGUAAGGGAAUUUUGCAUCUUACACACAGCAAAUAAAUAAAAUGGCAGUAUAAUUCAUUGCCCUUUUGGUGUGCUUUAACAUGCAUAUCUGUGCUUGGAAUAACGUGGGUUACUAGUGUAGCAAACUAUGAAAAUGUUACAAGAAAAGAAAACCCAAGAGUACAGAUGAAGCCAUAGUUCUGCAAACUUGCUUAUUUUAUUCAAAGCCAAAAUUAGUUACUUCAGGCAGGACUAUUAUGUGCCACUGUAGAUAAUUCAUAUUAUAUUAUAACUGCUGUUCUUUAGAACAGGGGUUCUCAAACUCGGUCCUGGGGGACCCCUGUG